CGAGAAGAAAACGCAACGAAGAAGGGAGGAGAGGAGAGCCCCGCGACAAGGGGGAAGAGACGUUGGUUUAAUUAAAUUGGCGUUUCACCCUCAACGACGAGGGAGUCGAGAGAGGAAACAGGAGGCCGCAUAAAACGCAGCCUCCCGCGGAUCCCCCCAUUUCGCACAGUUGCAGUUCCCCCUCCCUCCCUCUCCCUCCUCUCUCCUCUCUCCUCUCUGUCUCUGGUCUGUGUCGCAAGCCAAGAACAAGCGAGCGUGGUGGGGAAGGGGGACGUCGGGGGCAACCACCGAUCGACGGGGCACCGGCGCCGGCGCACGCCAUGAGGCUGCUCGUCCCCGACGGCGCGCGCCGCCAGCGGCUGCUGCAGUGCGAGGCGCACCUGCCGCCUGCAUCUCCGCCCCCGGCGCCGGCAUCCCCUGCUCCGGCGGCGGAGCCGGCGGCGGGCGGGAGGACGGUGGUGGUGGGGAUCAGGCGGGACGCCGCCAGCCGGGAGCUGCUCACCUGGGCGCUCGUCAAGGUCGCCAAUGCCGGGGACCGCGUCGUCGCGCUCCACGUCGCCGCGCAGCACGUCGCCGCCGCCGCCGACGGAUUGCUCAUGGGGCUGGAUGAGCGGAGCAGGGCCGCGGACUCGCUCGCGUCGGUGCUCGCUGUCUACGACGGCUUCUGCAACCUCAAGCAGAUUAAUUUGGAGCUCAAGGUCUGCGGAGGAUCGUCUAUUCGCAAAACUCUGGUCAAAGAAGCAGCUUCCUGUGGCGCCGCCCAUCUCAUCCUCGGUGUUGCCAAGAAUUCCCGGUCCUUCGGAUCCUCCUCCACAUCAGUUGCCAAGUACUGCUCAAAGAGAGUUCCGGUGGGCUGCUCGGUCCUUGCAGUGAACAAUGGCAAAGUUGUUUACCAUAAAGAUGGGGGCCACGGGAUGCAACAUGAACUGUACCAAAGCACAAUACCUGAGACACCAAGGAGGAGCUACCGGAAGCUCUUGUCAUCCAUGAUAGGAGAGAAGCUUUGGGAUGAACAUGGAAAGGACAACAGGUCCAUUUCUCGUGCCGUCACCAUGCCAAUGAGGUCUCCUGCCUCAUCCAUACCAAUGAGGUCUCCUGCGCGGUCAAAAGAAGUUUCACUAGCAUUGGUCCCAGUGAAGGCUUGCCGCCGCGAAUCACCAGAAGUAGCAACUGGAUGGCCCCUCUUGAGGAAGAAGUUCUUGCCAGACCGGAAAGCUUCCCUGCCUGACAAAUCAAAGAUGUCCGUGGUGCAGUGGGCGAUGCGGCUACCGAGUAGGUAUUCUGGAGUUUCACCAGUCCAUUCGGAAUACAGAACCACAAGACCAGACUCCAUGAGUACCAGUCAUAUUCUCCGUGACCGGUUGGUUAUUCCCUUGAGGAGCAAUUCAGGAAAAUCUUCUGUAGUAAUUCAAGAAUUGGACAAGGAAACUCCAGAGGAACUGACCUUGCUGAAAGAGAAAUUCUCAUCCGUUUAUUCUUCCUUCAGUUACAGUGAGCUUGCAAAGAUCACCUCUGAUUUCUCACCAGAGUGUGUAGUUGGACAAGGUGGCACUAGUCAAGUUUACAGAGGCUGUUUGGCAAAUGGCAGGGAGCUAGCAGUGAAGAUCCUGAAGUAUUCUGAUGAGGUGCUGAAGGAGUUUGUCUCAGAGAUUGAGAUUGUCAGCUCUCUUAGCCACAAGAAUGUCAUUUCCCUCAUUGGUUUCUGCUUCAAGAAUGAUGACCUUCUAUUAGUGUACGAGUACUUGCAAAGAGGCAGUCUGGAAGAGAUACUGCAUGGUGAAAAAGAAUGCAAGAACAUAUUUGGUUGGACUGAGAGGUUCAGCGUGGCCGUGGGAGUUGCUCAUGCUCUGGAUUACCUCCAUGGCAAUGACAACAGUCGUCCAGUGAUCCAUAGGGAUGUCAAGUCAUCAAACAUCCUCAUCUCAGAGUGCUUUGAGCCAAAGUUAUCGGAUUUUGGUCUCGCAGUCUGGGCUGCUGAUGUGACAUCUCAGAUGACGUGCAAUGACGUUGCAGGAACUUUCGGAUACUUAGCUCCUGAAUACUUCAUGCACGGUAAGGUGAACAGCAAAAUUGAUGUAUAUGCUUUUGGCGUAGUCCUUCUUGAGCUCAUCUCGGGCAGGAAACCACUCUGCAAUGGUUGUCCAAAAGGGCAGGAGAGCCUAGUGAUGUGGGCAAAUUCCAUCAUACAAGGAGGGAAGCUCACACAACUUGUAGAUCCCAACUUACCUACUGAAGGCCAUACCAAUGAAGUUGAGAGGAUGACCCUUGCUGCUUCCCUCUGCAUUAGACAAGCACCUCAGAACCGUCCUCAAAUUGAUGCUGUUCUGAAGCUUCUCGAAGGUGACAACGAUAUCCUCAAGUGGGCACGAUCACAAGUCGGAUUAGCAUACGAGGUCGAUGGUGAUGAAUGUGUGAUGACACCACCAGCACCAGGGAGCAACGCCAACAUCCAGUCCUACAUCAACCUAGCAUUCGAUGUGGAUGAUGACUCCGCCUCUGUCAGCAGCACCGACUUCAUUGCAGCCAACACCUCCUUGGAAGAGUAUCUGAAGGGAAGAUGGAGCCGGUCCUCAAGCUUCGACUGACUGAUCCGUGGCAGAGUUACACCUUGCUAGUGUAUAGAUCCUUUUUUUUUAAAUUAAGUUACAUUUUUGGGCCUUGGAUGAGAGUUGGCACAUGCAAUGCCCUCCACCGGGAAUUUCAUUUGAUCAUGUAUGGCUUAGUUUUUUUUUUAUGUGGGGGUCUUUUUACCUCUCUGAAGGGACCCCUUUUUUACUGUCUGAAGAGACUUGUCAUACCCAGGUAUUCUCAUCCAAAGGGAUGAGAAAUAAAAUAGGAGGCAAUAUGAAAUUGUGGGUUUCUUCCCAUACCGAAAUGAAUCAUCUUUGUUCUAUACUCUGGCCAUAGUUCAGGGUAAGUGGUUAAAAGCAA